AUGUCGUUCUUCAAGCGACGGCCAAUUGUCGACGAGCCUAAUUCUGAUGUCGAGGAUGAUGACAACAACAUCGACCCCGAACUGCGGCUACGCACAGUGCGGACGGCAGCGUCUGCAAUCGAAGAGUCCAUCAAGCAUGAACAGCGCGCGGAGAAGAGAAAGUCGAUGAGGAAGUCGCGGUCGAGAUUCUUCAAAGCCAAGUCGCCCAAGAAACCAGACCCCACACCGUCCACAACGUCGUCGGGGGCGCCGGGGACAGUGCCUGGAGUGCGAAGAAAUGUCUAUGUCAACUACCCGUUGUCUGCGAUGGAGGUCGACCACAACGGCGAGCCCAAAGUGCGGUAUGUCAGGAACAAAGUUCGGACUACAAAAUACACUGUCUUGACUUUUGUCCCUAAAAACUUGUACGAGCAGUUUCGGCGUGUAGCCAAUCUGUUCUUCCUGACAUUGGUUAUUCUCCAACUGUUCCCCGUAUUCGGUGCGGCGAGCGGCGCAGUCGCGGUUAUGCCGCUGGCCUUUAUCCUGACGGUUACAGCCAUCAAGGACGGCAUAGAAGAUUAUCGACGAGGAGUCCUAGACGAGGAGGUCAACAACUCGGCGGCGACGAAACUUGAUGGAGGUUGGCGUAAUGUCAAUCAACCGACGGACCCACGAUCGUGGUUUGAGAAACUGUUGGGUCUCAAUGCACCGGGAAAGGUCACCAAGGGAGUGCGGAAGUUGAGGGACAGGGAGGCUGGGCAGGCGAAAAUCGUGCUGAGCAGGGAGAACGAGGACAGUUCCAGUGUCUUGACCCACGACAUCAGCCAAAGUAGUCUGGACCUCACGGCCGUCAAAGGACGGAAACUCGAAGACAUCCAAAGCGUCGACUCCCACAGUUAUCCACCAGGGUCUUCCACGGAUCUGUCGAAAACGUCGCUCUCAGAGGCAUCCACGUCCAUGAUCAAGGCCCAAGCCACAGAAUGGGCUCAAGUGGGUGGCUUGAGUCAGUACCAGGAUUCGGUCAGAUCAACGGUAACCUCCACGGGUGUCGUCAACUGGGGGAAACGCACAGCCGGCACAGCUCGAUGGGAGCGCACUCUGUGGAAGAAACUCGAAGUCGGCGACAUCGUUCUACUACGAGACAACGACCAAGUGCCAGCGGACAUCAUCGUACUUGCGACCUCAGAUCCGGACGGACUGUGUUAUCUGGAAACCAAGAACCUCGACGGGGAGACCAAUCUGAAACCACGAAAGGCUGUCCGGGCCACCUCUGCUCUCUCGUCAGAAGAAGACAUCGAGCGAUCUUCCUUCUACAUCGACUCCGAGCCACCCCACCAGAACCUAUACCACUACCACGCAAUUCUACGUUACAACGAUGCCCUAACCGGCGAGGUGCAGCAAGAGCCCAUAUCCAUCAAUGAGCUCCUACUCCGAGGUUGCAUCCUACGCAACACCAAUUGGAUCAUCGGUUUGGUGAUGUUCACGGGUCCCGAUACGAAGAUUAUGCUCAACGGUGGCGAUACCCCUUCGAAACGGAGCAAGAUCGAGAAGGAAACAAACUUCAAUGUUAUUGUUAACUUUUGCCUGCUCGCCGUGAUGUGUGUCGUCUCAGCCAUUUUCAGCGGCCUCGAGGACGCCAAGACAGGGACGAGUGCCCAGUUCUUCGAGGAGGGAAGUGACCCGACGUCUUCGUAUGUCGUGAACGCCGUGAUCACUUUUGUGUCGUGCUUGAUAGCCUUCCAGAACCUCGUCCCCAUCUCCCUCUACAUCUCCAUCGAAAUCGUCAAGACCAUCCAAGCCUUCUUCAUCUCUCAGGAUAUUGACAUGUACUAUAAACCCUAUGACACGGCCUGCGUACCUAAAACGUGGAACAUCUCAGACGACCUCGGGCAAAUCGAAUACAUCUUCUCCGACAAGACCGGCACUCUAACCCAGAACAUCAUGGAGUUCCAGCGGUGUUCGAUCCACGGCGUGGCGUACGGCGAGGGUGUAACGGAGGCGCAGCGUGGGGCUGCAACGCGGGAAGGACGGGCGGACGCGUUGGACCCUAAAGAGCUUAACGAGAAGCUCAGCAAGCUCAAGAAACAGAUGGUCUCCCUUCUCGAACGCACCUUCAAGAACCGGUGGAUGCAGGUCGAUAAGCUCACGCUCAUCUCCCCCAAGUUCGCCGAGGAUAUCGCCGAUCGGUCGUCCGCGCAGCGGAGCCAUAUCGUUGCGUUCUUCCGCGCGUUGGCGCUUUGCCAUAGCGUCCUAUCCGACAAACCGGACCCCCAAACGCGGCCGUACCAUCUGGAGUACAAGGCUGAAUCCCCGGACGAAGCUGCGCUCGUGGCUGCUGCCCGCGAUGUGGGCUUCCCGUUCAUCCAUCGAUCAAAGGACCUGUUCGAGAUCGAGGUCAUGGGCCAAGUCGAGAAGUACACCCUGCUCAAGAUGCUCGAGUUCAACAGUACCCGGAAGCGGAUGAGCGUUAUCAUGCGCUGUCCUGAUGGUCGAAUCAUCCUGUACUGCAAGGGAGCGGACAGCGUCAUCUACGAACGGCUCGCCAAGGACCACGACGAGGAGUUGAAGGAGCAGACGAGGAAGGAUAUGGAGACGUUUGCUAACAAUGGCCUGCGAACGCUUUGCAUUGCUUGUCGGUAUGUUAGUGAGGAGGAGUACUUGACUUGGGUCCGGACCUACGACGCUGCCACCAAUGCUAUCGAGAACCGGGACGAGGCCAUCGACCAGGCCAACGAACUCAUAGAACACUCGUUGCAUAUUUUGGGAGCGACUGCGUUGGAGGACAAGCUGCAAGAGGGUGUCCCUGAAGCUAUCGAAACGCUGCAUCGUGCUGGAAUCAAGUUGUGGAUUCUUACCGGCGACAAGCUCCAGACGGCCAUUGAGAUCGGAUACAGCUGCAACCUCCUCAAGAAUGACAUGGACCUUAUGAUCAUCUCCGCUGACUCCCUGGAGCAAACGCGUUCUCAGAUCGAGGCUGGGCUGAACAAGAUCGCGUCGGUGUUGGGCCCUCCUACUUGGGACAUUCGGAAGCGUGGUUUCGUUCCUGGAAAGCAGGCCUCGUUCGCAGUCGUUAUUGAUGGCGAUACUCUGCGACAUGCGCUCACACCCGAACUGAAGACGCUGUUCCUCAAUCUUGGUACCCAGUGCGAAACUGUCGUGUGCUGUCGUGUCUCUCCUGCCCAGAAGGCCUUGACUGUGAACCUGGUCAAGGAAGGACGGAACGCGAUGACACUUUCCAUCGGUGAUGGUGCCAACGAUGUGGCCAUGAUUCAAGAGGCGAAUAUCGGAUGUGGUCUGUUCGGAUUGGAAGGCUCACAAGCCGCCAUGUCUGCGGACUACGCCUUUGGGCAGUUCAGGUUCCUGACAAAGUUGUUGCUCGUCCACGGUCGUUGGUCAUAUCAGCGUGUUGCUGAGAUGCAUAGUAACUUCUUCUACAAGAACGUUAUCUGGACGCUUGCCCUCUUCUGGUACUUGCCUUUCAACAGCUUCGAGGCGACCUAUCUCUACCAGUACACCUUCAUCUUGCUCUACAACCUCGUAUUCACAUCACUACCCGUCAUCGUCCUUGGAGCUUUCGAUCAGGAUAUCAAUGCGAAAGCAGCCCUAGCCUUCCCACAACUGUACGUCCGUGGAAUUCGAGGUCUCGAGUACACCAGAACCAAGUUCUGGUUGUACAUGCUGGACGGUCUCUAUCAGUCUGUGGUUGUGUUCUUCAUCCCCUACCUCGUCUGGACCUACGGCUCCCCCGUCUCCUGGACCGGCAAGACUAUCGAGUCCAUUUCCGACUUUGGUACCACCGUCGCUGUCUCGGCCAUCUUUGCUGCCAACACCUAUGUCGGUAUGAACACCAACUAUUGGACAGUGAUGACAUGGAUUGUUGUCAUCGGUUCGACGGUGGUGAUGUGGCUUUGGGUUAUCAUCUACUCGUUCUUCCCGAGCCAUGACUUUAUCGACGAGGCGGCGAUCUUGUUCGGAACGGUUCCGUUCUGGACGACGGUCUUGCUCACUGUUGCCAUCUGCCUUGCCCCUCGGUUCAUUCAGAAGUACAUCUCCACGGUAUACUUCCCGCUUGAUAAGGAUAUUGUCCGUGAGAUGUGGGUCAAGGGCGAUCUCAAGGACCAGCUCGGAAUCGGACACCGCAAGAAGGGCAAGUUACGGAAGGAAACGACAAGUGCGAGCAGUCUCGAAGCCGCACCGAUGAUCCACGAACCUCACAACCGGUCCAUGUCUGACGUCCACACAACAGCUUACGAGCCGGCAACGAUGCAACCGGCGGUCCGAGAGUCAUACACCCCGCCGAUGGCUGAAGCGAACGACUUCAACAACCCUGUGCAAUAUGCGCAAGUAAAGCCAUCUACUACCCAAUACAGCGAUAACCACCUUUCCCCGAUGGUCUACGACCGUCUCAACAACUCUGUUUCUCCGCAACCCUCAUACUACUCCGCUUCCGAUAUACCGCCACCUUCCCCGCUUCCUGAACCGCAGUACAAGUACUCGUCGGGGGAGAUUACCAAUACACCACCACCUCCAAGUCGGCGAGCCAGUGCCGCAUCACGAGCUGCUUCAUUGCGCUCACCACCCAAUGCCCCGAUGCCGACAUCCCCUCUUCCACCCCAACCUAUUUCGCCGCAGUCGCAGAUGUCGUUCGAGAUGCGGACGAGGACGCCUGUUCAGUAUGAGCAGCAGCCUGUGCCUUCGCCGACAUCGCCAACUAUGGUGACGCAGCCGGCCUACUCGACGGCACCUCCUCCCUCUUCCUACCUCCAACCAACGCAGCAUCUUCGAGAACCAUCAAAUGCGUCGACGCAGUAUGGACAUGCGUUUGAGAGGUCGGGGAGUUCGGCGUCGUAUGCGUCGCACGCGGAAUCGUUCGCGACUGCUCAUGACGAGUUCUACUCCGAGGACCAGCAUGGGCGGGGACCUUCUCGACAGUCGAAUAACCCGUACCACCACCAGAUGCAGACUGUGGAUGAGGAUCCGUAUGGAGGGAUUACUAUGGAUUCGGGUGAUCGUGGACAGACGCAAGCACGGCACCACCAGCCCCGAGCGCCUUCGGCUUCAGGAUGGGAUGGACCUACUGCGUUGUAA